UAACGGCGACCUCCCCUACAAAAGGCAGCCACAUCGUUCCCCGUCCAAACGGCGAUCUCGCCAAGAGAAUCCUUAUCACGUGCAUUCACUUUAUCCGGAAGGUGUCAAGGUGAUUAAAGUGAACGGCUCCUUGGCGACCAGGAUGGCCCCAACUCCGACCUGCGUUUUCUGGGUACCUCCUCCAUGCUGUAUCACCGAGGACCAUUGCAAAGGGUGCGAUAAAACACGGGAUUGCGUUAUAGGAGUGGCGAAUGAGGAUGCACAAUUCAUGGGUCUCUUUAUCCAGGUUGCGGGGGAGGUAUAAAGAUGAGGGGUGCCCUGGAAGGUUGAGGUCGUGCGGGUGUUUUUGGAAUUUUGUUUCCUAGAGCUAUCUCGUCAGGAUGAAGCUGUACGCUGGAGUUUUGCUGGCUGGCGUUGCGCAGUCGCUUGCGGGAGCUGUGCCUAGUACAACAUAUGGCGAUCGGUUCAAGCCUUUGGUUCAAUCCAAGCCGCUUCAAGCAUUGGUCACCGAGAAGGGGUUGAUGUACAAUCUCAAAAAGCUUCAAGAAGUCGCAACGGCCAACGGAGGUAAUCGCGCAUUUGGUCUUCCGGGUUACAAAGCAUCGGUGGAUUACAUCCUCUCCCGGACGAAGAACUCGGAGAACUUCAUCACUUAUACGCAGGACUUCCCGGCGCUCUUUGCGCAGGUAGAGUCGAUCACCUUCCGAGUAAAUGAGACUUCCUACUAUGUCAUUGGCCUCACAUAUUCUCCUUCGACGUCAAAGGAAGGUCUGACAGCUCCCCUUGUCCUCGGAGUUUUUGGUCCGGAGGGCUGUACCAAGGAAGCCUACAAUGGCUUGGAUGUCAAAGACAAGAUUGUGCUGGUCCAGCGAGGAAGCUGCCCAGAUGGUACAACGCUUGCCGGUCGUCUUAAGCCCGCGGCAGCUGCUGGUGCUGCAGCCGUCAUCAUUUACACCGACCUUACCACCCCUGUGACUGCUGGUAGUCUCUCAGCACCCAAUCCCAAGGAGUACGUUCCAGGAGGUUUCAUCAACAAAGCAGACGGCGAGGCUUUGAGAGCGCGGAUUGAGGGGGGAGAAGCAAUCCAGGCAUAUUUCCAACAGACCCAGGUUGUCGAGACGAGGAUUACGCAGAACGUGUUUACUGAGACGAAGGACGGCGAUCCUACCAACAUCAUCAUGCUCGGUGCCCAUCUCGAUAGCGUCCAAGCGGGUCCUGGCAUCAACGACGAUGGUUCUGGAACCACACUAAUUCUGGAGGUUAAGAACGCACUUGAGAAGUUUAAAGUGAGGAACAAGGUCCGUUUUGCUUGGUGGGGAGCAGAGGAGAAUGGCCUCCUGGGAUCGAAGUACUACACGCAGAAUCUGAACGCGACCGCAGCCAACAACAUCCUGGCCUAUCUGAACUUUGACAUGGUGGGUAGGGGUUAUUUCGGUGUCUUUGACGGAGACGGCAGCUCCUUCAACCUCUCUGGACCAGCUGGAUCGGAUGUCAUUGAGAAGCUCUUUGUUGAGGAGAUGACCAAGAAGGGAGUGAAUGUAACGGCCGCCAGGUUCACGGGUGGAAGUGACUACCAGAGCUUUAUCAACAUUGGAAAACCGGUCGGUGGUCUGCAUACAGGGACUGGAGUUGAGCAGGACCCGUGCUACCACCAGGCUUGUGAUACGUACGACAAUCCUAACCCAAAGACUCUCACUAUCAACGCGAAGGCCGCUGCCCACGUCCUGUCCAUCCUCGCCACCAGGGGCCAGGAGAUCAUUCCUAAAAGCCCUGUUAAUGCGUCCAUGAUCUCUAGUCGAGGGCUGAUCCCAAGGCAAGAUAUCAAGUGGACAGUGGAAGAAGGGGAGAGGCACCUGGCUACAUGCGGUAACGAUAUAUGAGAUACGACUAGAGGAAUGAGAAAAUAUAAUGGGGCUGCUUAGCUCUGUUAUACAAACGAAUACAUACCACUGAUAUUAUCCUGCUACUGCAGGGGGCCGACACCAUCUUGGGCGGGAUACCGCUUCCACGGGCAUUGCUGAAUGGUUGGGGAUGUCUUGACCGAUCGGAUGAGGUCUUCCCGCGACCAGUAACAUCAAACGCAGCUCCGUAUGCCAGAUUGCUUCGUUUUCUGCUCAUGAGCUAAGCACAGAGGUUUCUCGUGCGACUCUCCCCGCAUCUCACAUAUCUGUCUGCAGGAGGUGAAGGAAUGGGUGAUGCUCAUUCUGCGCGGUAAUCUUAGUAACAACUGAGUACGUUAUUCAGCCAGUG